GUGUUGAUUGCAAUAAUAAUAAAAAAAAAAAGUUCCCAAAGAAAGAAAACCACUUCGAACAACAUUUGCCUGUAAAAGUGAACAAAAAAGGGAUCGUCAAUUAUGGUUGCUUACGAUGGACAACUCUCAAAGUGCUUGGCUGGCUAUCAGCAUCAAAAUCAAACAAAAAAAGAUGUGGUCGAUGUCUUGGAACAAUAUCGUGGUUUAACGUUUAAACUGGAAAAUUUUGUGUUCAACGAUGGCACAACCAAAGAACUCCUCAAUAUUAGCGGGACUAUUCCAGUCGUUUACAAAAACAACACGUAUCAUAUUCCAAUCUGCAUUUGGCUGAUGGACACACAUCCAUACAAUGCACCGCUGGCCUAUGUGCAACCAACGUCUGAUAUGCAAAUCAAGGUUUCAAUGUUUGUCGAUCACAAUGGCAAAAUUUAUCUACCAUAUUUACACGAAUGGAAUCCGUCGUCUUCGGAUUUGCUGGGCCUCAUCCAAGUGAUGAUCGUCACAUUCGGCGAUAUGCCACCGGUUUAUGCCAAGCCAAAAGAACAAGUCACACCAUACCCACAACAACCAUUUAUGCCCACACCAGCUACAAGUGGACAAGGAUAUCCGCUACCGUAUCCCGCAUCUGCGGGCGCAUUUCCACCGUAUCCAACUAGCAAUUUUGGCGGUUUUCCAGCUUAUCCAGGCGCUAGUGGCACAGCUAAUCCACCAUCAACGGGCUAUCCACCAUACCCAAUGCCGAAUCCAUCACACUCAGGCUAUAAUAGCUUCUAUGGAGGUCAAUCAAAUUCAUCACAAGAUGGAACAAUGACCAUAACCGAAGAGCACAUCAAGGCAUCACUCAUCAGUGCUGUGGAAGAUAAAUUACGUCGUCGAAUACAAGAGCGUGUAAAUCAGCAUCAAGCCGAAAUGGAUACAUUGAAUCGUACCAAGCAUGAAUUGAACGAAGGCCGAGCUAAAAUCAACGAAAUCAUUUCAAAAUUAGAACGUGAAGAGAACGAAUUGAAACAGAACAUUGCCAUUCUAGAAGAAAAAGAUAAGGCGUUGGAGAAAUCGCUUGAAACAUUGGAAAAGGUGGACACGAUUGAUGUCGAUGAGGCAGUCACAACAACAGCUCCAUUAUAUAGGCAAUUACUCAAUGCCUAUGCUGAAGAGGCAGCCAUCGAGGAUUCGAUAUACUAUAUCGGCGAAGCACUACGGAAUGGUGUCUUAGAUUUGGAAGUAUUUCUAAAGCAUGUUCGUCAACUGUCGCGUCGACAAUUUAUGUUGCGCGCAUUGAUGCAAAAAUGCCGACAAAAAGCAGGCUUGGCUGGCUAAUCUUUUCCUAAUUUUUUGUCUUACUUUAUACGAACGUCAUUGAUAUGAACCACAUGUUAUGCCUAUAAAAUAAUAAAAAAAAAGUAUUAAAUAAAAAUUCGUACGAAUACACAA